UUGAGGCCACGGGGGCGCCCGAGAGCUGAGGACACAGCUCCGGGGCGGAGCGGAGGGAGCGAAGCAGGAUCCUCCCCCAUUAUCUGGCGGGAAAAGCCUGAGGAGAUUUUUAUUUUUAAGUAUUAUGAAAUCUGAGGAUGGUGGGACAAGACGACUAAAUCCCACUUUCCUGUGAUACUGUAGCCGGAAAACUGUCGAAAUCUGUGGAUAAAUUCAUGGGAUAAGAGAAGAUGGCGUCUAGAGUGAAUACCACUUUCACUUUGAUACCCAACCAAAAAUGUAGACGUUCAAAUCAUCAAUCCAGCUAUUUUUGCAACACCCUCGAUUCAGAUCCUCAACUCUUAGCUACACUUGGAAAUUUUAAAGUCUUACCAUUGGAAAUAUUACACAUAAUUUUAAGAUAUUUGUCAGUGAAAGAUAUUGGCAUGUUAAGUAUGGUAUCCAAAACAGUCAGCCAGCACAUAAUUAAUUAUAUCUCAACCUCAUCUGGAAGUAGGAGACUUUUACUACAGAACUUUCAUGACCUUGAUCUGCCUGGCACAAAAGAAGAGACGGCUCUACUGGAGCACUACAGAGCUCUAGGUCUACUAUUUAAAAGAUGCACCUUGCUGCUUCCUACCAAGGAAAGACUGAAGUACAUUCACAAGAUACUCUCAGAAGUUUCCUGCUUUAAAUUCAGUGGCUGUUCAGCUCCUUUGCAGUGUUUAGGAUUAUCAUGUUACGGCAUGUUUUUACAGACCUUAACAGCAGGUUGGGAUGAACUUGAAUGCCAUCGUGUGUAUAACUUCUUAUGUGAGCUGACUAAUCUCUCCCGAAAGAUGCAGACUGUUGUCUGUAACAAACCAGGAAGUGCUCGAAAACUAGAGUUAAGGGUUAGACUAUUCUGUCGGAAUGUCCUACUUGAUCACUGGACGCAUCGAAGUGAUUCUGCAUUUUGGUUAACUCGAAUAUUAAAGCCAUGGCCAAUGGUGAAUCAGGCAAGAUUGCUAUAUAUUAUCUUUGGACCAACAUCUCCUCAUGAUGGGCAGGUGAUUUGGCAGGAAAUGAUAGAAGGACCUACAGAUGAAUCCAGUUUGAAAGGUUUGGCUAAUGCCAUUAAAUUACUGUAUGACACAGGUGCCAGAGGCUGGACAGCGGAUGAUGUCAUCAGUCUUGUAGAUGAGCUCUCAGUGGUUCCCCGGGAAUGGCUUCUGGAGAAUAAUGCACGCCUCCUAAUCCUGAGCGGGAACAACAUCUGUUUCACUUUCAUGGCUAGUAAAGCUGUAAAUGGACGAGCCGUUGAGCUGGCAAGACUCAUAGUCUUUUUGGCUUUGGUGUGUGAGAAAGAGUUGUACUGCAUGGACUGGACAGUUAGAAUGAUGCAAAAGGUCUGCAAAGUCUUCAGCACUGCAGCAGAGAGGAAGAGCUUCCUGCAGAGCGUAGCAAAUGCCUUUGCCUGUGUCACGAUGGAGAUGCUGCAGCCUGUCAUGUCUGGAGAGCGUGAUGACGAUGACAGAGGCUUCUUGAAUUUGUUCCAUCUUCUCCAUGCUCAGGCAAACUUCCAUAAGGAGGUACUGUAUCUGACCAUGAAUGCUGUCUCUUCCUAAGUCAGGAGGCUUGUCUCCUAAAGUGUAUAUGCCCCGCCCCCUGGACUGGCAUUCAGGAGAGUGAUGCUUUUUCACAUCCAAGGAUAGCA